AUGGCCAUUUACUGUGGGCCCUCAAGGUUGAAUUCGGCAUCAUCGCCGGGAUCAGGGCUUUGGAUUUUGUGUGAUGGGAAUGUCGAAAAGGGCCUUCUAAAGCGAAAGAACCAGCAGAGAACAUCAAGCAAGCAGAAAGCAACUAAGAUAAGCAAAAAAAAAAGCAAGAGAAGCAACAAGAAUCAAGAAGCAGAAAACUCAAAGCAAGCAGAAGCAACUAAGAAUAAGCAGAAGAAGCAACACAGCAAGCAGAAGACUAAAUCAAGCAAGCAGAAGCAACACAAGCAAGCAGCACCAACCAAGCAAUCAGAAGCAACUCAACAAGCAGAAGCAACUCAAGCAAGCAGAAGCAACUCAAGCAAGCAGAAGCAACUCAAGCAAGCAGAAGCAACAAAACAAGCAAGCAGAAGCAGCAGAGCAACCAAGCAAGCAGAAGCAACUCAAGCAAGCAGAAGCAACUCAAGCAAGCAGAAGCAACUCAAGCAAGCAGAAGCAACUAAGAACAAGCAAGCAAAGCAACAAAUCAAGCAAGCAGAAAGCAACUACAAGAAGAAUCAGAAGCAACUCAAGCAAGCAGAAGCAACUAGAAUCAAGCAAGCAGAAGCAACUCAAGCAAGCAGAAGCAACUCAACCUCAAGCAAGCAGAAGCAACUCAAGCAAGCAGACAGCAACAAAGCAAGCAGAAGCAACUCAAGGCAGGAAAUGGAGGAGGAGGAGGAGGAGGAAGAGGAGGAGGAGAAGGAGGAAGAGGAGGAGGAGGGAGAAGAGGCAGAGACAGAGACAGCGACAGGGACAGAGAGACAGAGUCGAAGACAAAGUCAAAAUCCCGAUCCACGAAUCGAGACGCAGACAAAGAAUAACAAACCCGACAAUAAGAAAAAGAAGAAGACGAAAAAGACGAAAAAGAAGAAGAAGAAGAAGACGAAG